UUAAAGCUCCAAGAAGUUGGAGUGAGCUGCAGGAAUGGCAGACCAGAAGCGCCUUGCCUACUCCAUCAUCCAGUUCCUACAUGACCAGCUACAGAAUGGGGGGCUGUCUCCAGAUGCUCAGGAGAGUUUGGAAGUUGCCAUCCAGUGCCUGGAGACAGCAUUUGGGGUCUCGAUGGAAGACCAAGGCCUAGCUGUGUCUCAGACUCUUCCUGAAAUAUUCGAAGCUGCUGCAGGAAAGGAGCCUGAACACAUCAGAACAAACUCGGAGCCCAUCACCCCCUCUGAAGAUGACAUAGCUGAGGCUGAAAGACUCAAGACUGAAGGAAAUGAACAAAUGAAAGCAGAAAACUUUGAAGCUGCAGUGUCUUUCUAUGGAAAAGCAAUUGAAUUAAAUCCAUCCAAUGCUGUGUAUUUCUGCAACAGAGCUGCUGCAUACAGUAAACUAGGAAACUAUGCUGGAGCAGUGAGAGACUGUGAAAGAGCUAUAGGCAUCGAUCCAAACUACAGCAAAGCUUAUGGCAGAAUGGGCUUGGCCCUCUCCAGCUUAAACAAACACACAGAAGCUGUAGUUUACUACAAAAAAGCCCUGGAGCUGGAUCCAGACAAUGACACCUACAAAUCCAACCUUAAAAUAGCUGAACAGAAAAUGAAGGAGACUCCAAGUCCAACUGGAGGUCCAGGAGGAUUCGAUUUAGCUGGCUUGCUGAACAACCCUGGCUUCAUGAGUAUGGCAUCUAACCUAAUGAACAAUCCACAAGUACAACAGCUCAUGUCCGGGAUGAUUUCUGGUGGCCACAAUCCCAUGGGAGCAGCAGGUACCAGCCCAUCCACAAAUGAUCUUGCCAGCCUCAUACAAGCGGGACAGCAGUUUGCUCAGCAGAUGCAGCAGCAGAAUCCUGAACUAAUAGAGCAGCUACGAAGCCAGAUCAGGAGUCGAACUCCAAGUGCCAGUAACGAAGAUCAGCAGGAAUGAGCCCUCCAGAGACUGGGUUAUCUGCAUCAGUAUUGCUAGUACUGUGCCUCAUGCAAGGCUCAGCCCAGAGGAGCGGUGAAUAAGAACUUCCCUCACACAUUGUGUGGCUGACAAAGAGAGUUUCAGUAUAUAGUGCUCACAGUGGUUAAAGGGACACUUUAUUUGCUCAAAGAUUGAAUUUGCCAAUGUCUUGUCUUCCUGUCUCUGCAGCGCAGUCCGUGGGAACUAUGUUCUUUGCUUUAAAAACUGGAAGCCAUGUGUGUGUUGCCAUUUCUUGAGUUGGAAGUGUCCAAGAGGGGGAAAAAUAAUAAUGGAAAACCAAAAUACUUUCUAUGACCUGCAUGUUAAAGACAGAUUCAUGCUUUCUUUCCCUAGUCUUCAUCCCUGCUCCUCUCCCUCAGCCUUUCCAUUAGUCUCUUUGUUUUCUUCUGGAAGAUCCAGCAAGCUGACCACAAACCAGCAGCAGCAGCAGUCUUUUCUAAAGACACUCAGAACAAUUAACUACACUGUUGUUUCUGUUAUUUGCUACAUGGGAAUUUUUUAACCCAUUUUUGAAGAUUGAUGCACUCUUCACUACAGGACGUCUUCACUUUCCUGCCCAUGUGCCACUUCAAAGAAGUGUUCAAGUCCUACCUAAGCCCACUUUAAUCCUCCUGCCAGUUAUGAGAUGGUGGUGUUUGAACACUGGAGAUUGCAGGAUCCACAGGGUUUCUGUUGAUUAGAUUGACUGCAUUUCUCAUUCAGGUCUGUAGCAACAUGGCCAUGGUGUUAAUGCAUGGGAGUUUGGUGCUCACCUCUCAAAGGAUGGUGUAAAUGUGGGGGAUUCGUGACUGGCCAGGAAGAACCUGCCUACAUACAACAGCGUUUCCUGGUGCACUGCUUGGGGUUCUUCCCCAAGUCCUGACAAAAAUUGUCUAGUGUUUAGUAAUUAUGGCUCUGUUGUUGGAAUGAUCCAAUCUGUGAACUAGUCAGGUGGACAGUAAGGAUGUUUUUGGUGUUUAAAGGGGUUUUCUUCCUGCUUUUUUUAUCUUAUAUGCAUGUAAGUAAUCAACCUGUUUGACCGUGCUAAUGGUAGGAGUAGCGGGUGCCUGAGUAGAAAACAGAUGCAGUAACAAUGCUGCUUGGAUUCUAGGUGAUGAAGUGGCUGCAGGUUUGGUGUUGGGGAUUGGCAGUCACACCUCAGCGUGUGGGAAAAGGGAAAAGCUCUUGUAGCCACCUCAAGCCACUCCGUGCAGCCUUCCACCCCUCUAGUUACCUGUGUCACUCCUUGGGCUGAUGGAAGGCUCUGGCCCCAUCCCCUGAAGGUCACCAGUUGAGGCCAGAGGCUUACAUCGACCACAGAAUGGGUUUUAAAGUAGUUAUUUGCCUGUGGUGGGGUAGGUGUGUUCACAGCCUGGCUGCUGGGCAAAAGGCACCCCCUCUGAAGGUGGGUAGGUGUGAGAUGGAAAACACCUUUUCAGGAUGCCUGGUGCUGUGAGUGAGCAGGUAUAUUUACAGAUUAGUAUCAAGGGAAAAAACCAAAACAAAAACCGACCUGUAAAUGCUCCAUAAAGUAAUAUGUGGUCAAUGUAACUUGUGAAGAAUAAACUAUUUGGACACUU